CAAUCCGCCUCGACGACAUUGCUCCAGCACAACGUUCUGAUUUACCUACCAGCGUUGCGUGCCGCACGGUUGGGACAUCCUUGCUACAACCUUCCGUCUCUCGAGCUUCCAGAACAUCACAAAGCCUGUGCGACCACGCGACAGUUGAGACUGAGGCUCGAAGAUCGACUAGACUCGACUCGAGAUCUGACAUGCCACGGCCCAUGCCCCGCAUCAUUCGAAACUGCAUUCUCCCGUCGUCUAGAAAAUCGCGAAAGGAAUGCGCCCCCGAAUUGAUCAAUCUCGAAAGAUAGAAAAGCCACUGCGAACCCCGUCCACUCCUCGCUCGUCCCCUCGGUGGAGGUAGACGGGCGCGGCGGUCGGUCCAGUCCAAGUCGGACACCAUGUCGAUUUACUCCGAUCCCCCACCAGCGCGAACCUUCCACGCCGACAAAGCGACUCUGCUCGUGUGCUGGUGGUGCACAAUCUUCGCGGCGGUGAUAAUAUUGUUCCGGGUCUGUGGGAGGUACAUACGGUCAGAGAAGUUAUUCAGGGAAGACUGGCUAGCUUUUGGGUGCAUGAUCCCGCUUUUCUGUCGCAUGGCAUGCGUCCAUGUCAUUUUGCUCUACGGGACGAACAAUGCCAUCACGACGGGGCUCACGGACGAGGAGAUCUGGCACCGGUCGAUUGGUAGUAGAUUGGUUUUAGUUUCCCGCAUUUUCUAUGCCGCAACGCUAUGGAUGCUCAAACUCACCAUCAGCGAAUUUUUCAAACGAUUGACGCUUAAUAUAUGGACAAGAUCACACGAGGUGAUGCUGCAGGGCAUCAGGUGGUUUCUGGCUGCUACAUUCAUUGCAGUAGUGAUUGCGGACCUGGCUGAAUGCCAACCCUUCACGCACUACUGGCAAGUAGUCCCCGAUCCGGGAGCAAAAUGUCGACAAGGCUACGCCCAGCUCCUCACAAUGGGGACCUGCAACGUUAUAACCGACCUCCUCUUGGUCGUUUUCCCGAUCCCAAUCAUCAUCCGCUCAAAGAUGGGAGCAAAAAGGAAGAUCCAACUCGUACUCCUCUUCGCCGGCUCCCUCCUCCCCGCCGGAACAACCUUGUACAGACUCCCAAAUAUAAUCGACCGUCACGGAAGUCAGCAAUACCGCUCCCUCCUUGCCUCGAUCGAGAUCCUCUUUGCCACAGCCGUGGCCAACGCCUUGGUCCUCGGCUCUUUCGUGCGAGAUCGAGGCGUGAAGAAACAGAGGUGGAAAUUUGGGUCCAUGACCGAUAGCAUUGACCGCACGACCUCGCGAAGAGGCACCGCGAUCCGGCACUGGGGAAGCGACGAAGAUCUCGUGAGGGGUCUAGGACUGGGCGUGGAUCCAGAGCUGAGGGAGUCGGAGCCUACUCCAAGACCGGCACCUAUGGCGACUGCCGGCAAUGUGCCAGUUAAGGCGCAUAGGGUUACGGGGAUGGGGAUUGGCAAGGAUUGGCAAUUUCCAGGGGAAAGGAGCGAUACGAGUGAUGAUCUCGAUGUGAUGAAGAUCGAGACACACAGCCCUGGGGAUGUAUCAUCGAUCAACACUCCGAGGAAAGUCUCGUUCUUUGAUGUGGGUGGGUUACUAGAGGAGGACCAGCCGAGGAGAGUCAGCUCCACGAGGACGACGGAUACGGAUGGCGGGUCAAGCUUUGGCCCUCUGUAUGGGAGCCAAUACGGUGAACAAGGUCUAUCUCCAGCUCCGCCGAGAAGAGGGAGUUCGGCCCUGCUCCAAGAUGUUGGAGGAUUGCUGGGACCCAGGAGAGAGCGCAUUCAGCCCUCACGAGGAAUCGAGUUACAGACUAUCCAGCAAGAGCAGUCUGAGCCUUCCUCUUCGCAUAAUUUAAUACGGCAGCAGACGACUCACUCGUUACAAGACGUCGGCGGUCUUCUACGAUAAUCCGAAAGAAAUGAUGGGAAAGGUGAGGGAUGAUGAUACAUCUGUGUAUAAUUUACGCCAUUGCUAUUUGGAUUUAGCGGUAUGAGGCAUGACUGGGCGAGGAGUUUGGAGUCGAUCACCA